UUGGGUUUUUUCUUGUUUUUGGUUUGAGUGCCAGCACAGCAGUCUCCCCACUCCCCACCUUCCACACACACACACACACUCAUCAACACCUUGUUGACUUGAACUCCAACGAGCCUGACUGUCUCACUUCCCGCCGUUCAAGCAUGUCGAGUUGGGUGGACGGCCUCCGACGCAACUGGUUCCUGGUCGGGCUGGUUGUUGUCAUUUCGUUGGCGCGCGUUGUGCCCUGGCUGGGUCAGACCGGAGGUGUGCUGCAUCCCGAGUACACGGUCAAGUACCUCGCUGUCAUGGUGAUCUUUUUCAUCUCCGGACUGUCACUCCGCAGUGAGGAGUUUAGUCAGGCCAUCAUGCAGUUUAGAAUCCACAUGUUUGUUCAAGGCUUUACGUUCAUCCUAGUGCCGUCGAUUGUGAUGGUGAUUGUGCACUUUUUGUUUCUCUUUACGAGCAUCGACCCAUGGCUACUGCGUGGCCUGCUCGUCGUGAGCUGCAUGCCACCGCCUGUCUCUUCCGCCGUCAUUUUAGUGAAAGCCAUCGGCGGCAACGAAGCUGCUUCCAUCUUCAACAGUGCGUUGGGCAGUUUGAUGGGCAUCUUUAUCACGCCAAUGCUGCUGUACGCCCUGGUACACGUGUCGUCCGCCGUCCCGUUCAUGUCCGCGGUCAUCAGCCUGUCCAUCUCUGUGAUCGUUCCAAUCAUUGUCGGACAGUUCGCACGGCGCUUUGUUUGGAAGGCGAUCGAACCGCUCGGCAUCCCGUUCGGUGACAUUAGCUCGGCAAUGCUGCUGCUGAUUAUUUUCGCCACCUUCUGCGACACCUUUUCAAGACAGUUCAUUGUCGCAUACGGGGACAUUGGCACUGUCAUUGUGAUGGUGGUUCUCGGGCAACUCGGCCUGCUGGGGCUCGUCUUUGUCCUCUCGCGCAUGGUGGUUCCACGGGUCGUCGCUUGGUACUAUGCGCGCAUUGUCCCGCUGCUUGUGGCAAUCGGCAUUUCACGCGCUUCUCCCGGCUCCACUUUCGGGCCCACCGCUGGUCCGAGCAGCCCUGCGUUGCGCGGCCGCCUCACUCCUCAAGUGGACGGCGUGAACAACCCCAAUGACAGCUUUGCCUCCGAGUGGCUCGAAAGCAUCCAGGUCUUCUCUCGCGGCGACAUUGUCUGCUUGCUCUUCUGUUCAACGCACAAGUCGCUCACGCUGGGCAUUCCGCUGCUCAAGGUGUUGUUUGGCGCGCAUCCCCAGUUCCACUUGGUCUCCUUUCCACUCCUCGUCUAUCACCCCACCCAAAUUCUCCUGGGCGGGUUGGUCGUUCCGAUGGUCCGGCGGUGGCUUCUCCAGCGUCGCGGACUUGGCCUUCCAUGAUAGAAAAUCCAGUUCAUAAUCAAUAAAUUAAGUGUUUUUCA